AUGGGACGUGGUGGUUACCGUGUCUGGCCGGGUGCUUACUCGCCUCAAGACCAGAAGGAGGCGAAGUGGCCACCUUGGAGGCCGGAAGCGCUACGUGGGCAGGUUCCGGAGUUCCCCUCGUAUGCCUCGAUCAGGCUUACGGACAGGCCUGCUCGACCCAACACGUCGGCAGAUGGCAGUUUGGCUGCACCUGGCAGCGCUUCGACCACGGCGCCCAUCCAGACAGCUCUGAACAUUACACGCAAGGCGGAAAAUCGUGUCCUACGUCUGCGUGGUGCCCAGCAGGAGGCAGGAGAGAAGAUGAAGAACUACGAGCUGAAGCUCAAAGAGGCCCUCAAACGAGAACGGCUCCGCUAUGCCAAGGACCAGGAGCGUCUGGAGCGAGAGAUUGCGGAGGCAGAGCUCGCGCAAGACGCCGCAAGACAAGGCCUUCGGGCCGCCUUUGUGAGCGAGCAGUCCUUGGCGGUGGGUGGCUACGAUGUGGAAAUGGCUGCCGACGCGGAUGUGGACCAGCUCUUUGCGGCCUGGGCUCGGGAGGAUCAGGUUGCUGCAGACGGUGUUUUGCGAAGGGCCCUUGUGCCACCCGGUGCCGAAGUUGGUCGUGGAGGGCUCCCUCCCAACACACCGACGAGGGGCACGGGAGUCCCGCCGCACUCGCCAGUCUGGGGUGCGGCUCCUUCUUUGACCCCGCCACCUGCUGCAGUGGACCCAUAUUUGGCUACUAUGUCACCGGUGACCGCGCCUCCUGGCCUUACGCCGAACCCGGGAACACCACAAGCCCCGCUGGCCCCGACAACGACCUCUUCCAUGCCACCUGCUGGGACAGCACAUGUGACUACGCCUCCUUCGCUGGUCCCUGUGGCCCUUCUACACUCCGGCGCGCCGGCUGCGGCCCCAGCCUCGGACGGAGGAUUCGGACCAAGCCCGACUUUGAGCGACCGAGUACACCGACGACGGGCUUUGGAGCCCUUUGGAGGAGCCAGGGCAGCUGGAGAGGCAGGUGGCGGGGCGGUUGCAGAUCGCGGUUUGAGCCUGGAGGCCGCUCAAGCUGCGAUUGCCGCCGGCCGGUCAGUUCGUAUAGUGGAAGACGACAACGACGACGAGCUCGCCGACACCUAUGGGAACGAGGUCAGCAGUACUGAUUCUGUACAGUGGGCUGUACAGUUUUUCUCUUUCUUGGCCACCUUGCUCGCGAGGUCGCGGGCCUCCCUGCUGGACUUACGCAGGCCUCUUUUCAUGCUUCAGGUGCCCUUUGCCUGUUUCCGAUUUGGCCUCUGGCGGGUGGAGCCUGUCCCCAAUUCAGGGGCCAAAGAGAGACAUCGGUGGCUCUGGGGUCUCCUCCUGCCAGCAGUUUUCUUCAUACCAGCCUUCCUGGGCGUCUUUCGCUUGUUUUGUGGGGCGGACACCUCGCUGCGGCCUUUUUGCUUGCCUUGGCCGCUCUACACUUGUUGGCUCUUUGGCGACUUGUCCUUUUUGCGAUACCUGGCGGCUUCUGCUUUGGCUAGGGGUUAUGCCUAUACAGGCGAGCCUAAUGCGGUUAGCGGAGGGGCCACGGGCUCUGACCAGGGAGCCUGCUUACCGGCGGAUAUGACGACCUCUGAAUACCGAGCCUCAGUGGAAGCCGACAUUGCCUCAAAGGGCCAUAGGUUGGUCACGACUGAGAUCAUCCUUGACCUCCCUGCUUCCCUAGAAUCCUUUAUGGAUAAAGUGUACGAAGCUGCACCAGUUCCGCUCGAUGCUUGUUGGAACAAGCUCGUCCCAGCCACGCCGCAGCUUGGUGACAGUGCAGCCACCUUGCUUGUCGUCCCACAUUGGUUUCAGCAGGCAGGCCUCUCAGCUGUGCUCUUCGAUGUCCGGGCCAUGACGGGUAAAAUAUUUGCUGAUGUGCUGCCCCGACAGACAAGCCUGGAAGCAAUCCAACGGGUUGCUGGACCUACGGUCAUCGAGCCUUUUGAAGUGUUUCUCGCAGGGCGUUUGCAGCCACUCCAAAGGGGUCAAAUUGUGCAUGUUGAAGAAGGAGACACGCUUUGCUUUGCACCCCUGCGUCACCUACCCUUGUGGGGUCCUUUGCUUUCAAGGUCCCUGCAAAGGCCCACGCCAUGGCUCAGCAUAGACCCCAUCCCUUCCACAGCCAGGGCCCUGUGUGUCCUCAUCCUGCAUGAGUCCGGAAAGUUCUUGUUCAGCGACUUCGUGCAGUGUGACUGGCAGAAUGCUCUUCGUGUGACACACUUCGUGGGAGUCGAGAUGUCUGAAUCUAGACUCGUCUCGGCCGCUGGCCUUGCCUCCUACGUCUAUCACGGGACUCAUGUGCGUGGAAUUAUUGCAGUCUUAGGGCGCAGUUCCACCCGAGAUCAGCAGAACAGGCCACUGCCAGCGGUCUUCUUCCUCGACGGUCGGCCAAUCGGGCAAGACGUAAACUUUUGCGUCAUGGACCGUUAUUAUGUCUCACCCGAAUUCCUUCGUGGCCGUGUGCAGUGUCAGCCGCCGCCGGGCCACAGGCUCGCUGUCAUGGGCGGGCUUUUGCGGGACAACGGAAUUGAGUUCCGCGGGGGUGAGGUUCUUACUUUGGCUUUCCUGCCUCGAGAAGAUGACCCCUUCGAAGCUCUCGAGUCGGAACCAGACGGAUCAGAUGACCCUUUUGAUUCGUCACAUGGAGGUCCCUCAGAUGACUCGACAAGAUCUCGAUCACGACAUCGCGGGGCCUCUCCCUCAAAGGCCAGUGGGGACAGUUCUUACCAGAGCCACCUCCCUCCUGUGGCCCCCUCCGAUACCUGCAACAGCACUCUCUGCGCUGCCAAAAAUGCUUCUUCCCACCUGCUGCUUGAGGCUGCAGCUCCUGUGCAGCCGGUGUCUUGCAUACGAGAUGGGCCGCGGAUAUUGGGUUUCCUUCUUAGGGGCCCUAAGCUGUGCACCUCCGUUUGCCCACCAGUGCUUGCGGUCAAACUUGGGGAUACACCCUCCCUGCACGCCCUUGUUAGUGGCAGCAGUCACGGUGACGGGCCGACACAGCUGCCCGAACUACGUGAUUUCAGUGACCGUUCACCAACACGGUGGCAGCCGCCCGACUUGACGAUUGCUGCCCCCGAGUUUAUUGACAACCCACCUGCACCGGUCCCCCUGCGAGCUCUCUUUGUUGUGCUCUGCGAGGACUACCGGCCUGAGGUCAUCCCGCUAACUUUCUGGCAGCCAGUUGACUACUUCCUUGUCAUUAGGGAAGUGCAAGCACUACGCUUACCAGAUGUUCGGCGCCACUUCCCUCGACUGCUUGCCAUCGAGCCACAGCCUUGUUCGCAAUUUGCUGUUCUGCUAGGGUUCACAGGGUUGCCAGGCCCUUUCUGCGAUAUUGUCUUUGACUGUCGGGCUGUGGGAGGAUAUGUUUUCGCUGGACACGCCGACUCUGAGGCAUAUCGAAGCGAGCUUCUAGCAAUCGCUGGGUAUGCCCAUCGGGUUGAUUUAGACGUCUGGGUCCCCUCCGUGCGUGGCCCCUUGCCGGACCACCAGCGUGCAGGGCUCUUUACGGGCUCCUUGGUCUCCCUAGCACCACGCGGUAUCGCACCCCCACGCCUGGCACCUCUGGCCGAUAUGCUACGCAGACCCGACACUUGGAAUGCUCGUGCUGAGGUGCCAUUUGCAUCAGACCCUGGAGUUUGGUUGUUGACAGACGAAGGGCCGUCCUUCUAUGCGAUUCCUAUUGGUGCCGCGCGCAUUCCAAGAUCACAGCUUGCCGCCGCACUCAGAUAUGAUAGAGCGCGCCUUUUUACUGUUCCGCCCAGCCCGCAGAUACGAAAUUUCUGCUCCAGGGGCACUGCUGCUUCGGCCGUUCUUGUGGUCUCCCAGAGGAUCCUGCAGCCCCUUGACGCUGAGCCCAGCUCUUGUAUCGUCAUUGUAGAUCUACGGCCACUGCAGCUUGGCAUUACCUGGGUGCUGGCGCCCAGUGGGCUCUUCUCCCUCGAAAAUUUUGCGGAUGACCUUGACUACCCUUGUCCUAGGGGUUUUCAGCUGAUUGCGGAUGGUGCUCCGCGUAUCUUUUCCAGGUCAGCGACCGACUCAGAAGAGUACUCCGAUGGCAUUUGGGAGACCAGCUCCGACAACAGCCAGGCAAGUUCACUGUUCUGUGUUGACACAUGUGCCCGCCUGUUGCAUCAUUUUCUCGCUGCCAGCUUGCCAGUGAUCCUUUAUAAGAACCUUGGGGUCGCUUGGCCCUUCUUUCCGGCCAACCUGGCAGCUCUCUUCGAGCCAGACCUUGAUGAACCCAAUGCUAUCCAAGCUGUUCGCCCAACCGCGUCAUCUAUCCGCUUCCCCUUUCUCACCCCUGCAUCACCACAGUCUGUGGUAGGACACGCAGUUGUUCUUGCAGCCCCGAGAUGGGCGCCAAUGAUUGUGACGGUCCUGAUCAACACGUCCGACACAGAUGGUCGCGUCUUUGCCUGCCAUGCCCCCGACUACGCUGAUUGCGAAGUCCUUAUUGCAUUGGCUGACUUACCACCACAAGGGGAUUACCACAUUUUUGCAGGCGACGACGACCAGCCCCUGGACGACGGUGUACAGGCACAUCUUUUCCCGGGCAUCCAGAUCUCUUUUACCUUUGCUGACCAGCAACCUGUAGUCGGUCUGCCCUUUGCGCGGAUCAACCUGGCACGCAGGAUCGGAGUCGAUGACAGGCGCACAGAGUUCUGCAAGCGUGCCCAGCGCAACACCUGGGCAAGGGGCGCAAGGGAGCGAUGGGGAGCCACCGUGCAACACCGGGAUGAUGAUGCCAGCCGAGCACACCCUGAAAGCUCCACUGCCACGGACACCGUUGUGCCUGGUGUCUUCUUGAUCCUUGCCCAGGACUAUACCACUGAGCUCAUCGAAGCGCGGAUACGCGUUGCUACUCAACCGGCGGUUGCGCUUCUUUACGUGACCCAAGCACGCAACAACCAGGAUCGCGAGAGAUUUCCCAUUUUGUGUGCCGUUGAGCCUCAGCCACUUGGUGCACAAGCGCUCCUUCUGGCCCUCCCAUUGUGGGCACCUGACGGUGCCAUAGUUGCUUUUGACCUCACUGGUGUCGAUGGACGGUUGUUUGCUUUACAGAUCGGGCGCCGGGUUACACGCACUGGGCUCCUACAUGCUGCGGAGUUGCCCGAUGACCCGCGCUUUGACGUGUUUGUUGGCACGAUGCCAUGGGCGAUUCCCCCCAUCACGCCUGUAGAUAUCAAACACGGCGACCUUGUCCAGAUUACAUUUGCCGGUCGAGGCCCAUCUAUUGUCUCAUCUUUUGCUGACAUGCUGCGGUCCGACCGUGGGUGGAACCCGGACCUCACUUUCAUCCGAGCCUUCUCGGGGUGGAACCUCGACGAUACCUGGGUUCUUAAUGAGGACCGCCCUUUUCUGCUCCAUGUAUCAGGGGCAAGGCGAAGAUAUGUUCGCCAGGAUUUGGCUUUCCGCCUUCGCAUUCCGGUUGACGAGCUCAUCCUUCGUCCUCCCCAACCCCGUGUCGUUGACCUCUCUCACCGCGGGUGGGUGACCUGCAGUGUUCUAUUUGCUGCACGUACCGCUAAUGGUCAGCAUUAUGCGGCACUUAGGGACCCGUUUUGCUUUACCGACCUGCGGCCUAUACUGAGGGGCCUUGAUGUUAUCACGUGUCAUGGCGGGCGUCUUGACCUUCAGGGUCUCUAUGCUCGAGCCAAUGCCCGAUGCCCCCAGGGGUUCCGCACGCAUAUUUGGUACGGUCAGCAGGAGGUUGACAUGUCAAGUCCUGACCUACAUGUCGAAGAUGGCGCUGUGGUUACCGCCGCCUUCUUGCCAGUGCAACCUCCGGGUACGGCCGGAGACCAAGGGCCUCCUGAUGACGGCUCCGGUCCACCCCAUGAUAGCACGCCUCCAGACCAGAGCCCAGACGGUGGUGCCAGCGCCGGCCUUGGGCCCACCUCUGAAGCACCUCCUAGCCCCGAUGCUGGUACUGGCAGUUCCUGCUCGUCAUCCCCAGCUGAUGCCCCUGCGCACUACCAAGUGGCUGCCAGCAUUCGUUGCUGUUUAGGAGACAACCUGUGUCUUGGGACCACUGGCCGACAACAAAGAGGCUCUGUGGAUUGGGGCAACAUGUGUGGGCUUGCUUUCACUAGUCACCGUGUCCUUCUUGAGGACAAGCAAGCCUGCACCCCUGUAGCUCCGGUCCCCCAAUGGCACUUUGGAUCAGUGCACCUUCUCUGCCGUUUGCAUGGGAGCUACACUGUCCUGCAGUCGUGCCUUGCAGGCCUUCUUUUACGGGCUGCCUGUGCUGAUAUUUGCAUUCUGGUCGCUGGCCUUGCCAUCCGACUUGCCGUCCGGUUUGUCCCUUAUGCUGCCCGGUGUUUGCGGAAGCCGGUUCUAGUUUACCUGGCGCUUGUACACCUUGCUAUCUCUGCUGAUGGGAUGCAGCUUGCCGCUGUUCGGGACCACUCCUCCUCCUGGGGACUGGCCCUGCCCGACAUGAGCAUCCUGUUCACUCACACUGUGCUGAUGGUCUCCCAUCUAACAGCAGACCUCUUCCCACUCCUCUGCGUUCCCUGUUCAAAGCUGGCAGACCCUCGCCCCUGUCUGGGGCCAGCCUUGUGCAAUCCCGGCUCUGCUGCCGGCGAACAGCAGCCCCCGAUGCCAACCGACCUCGGUGCGCUGGGGACUCUGCUUGAGGAGAGCCGUCGUGACAGCAACGACUACCCGUUGUAUCUUGCUGCCACUCUUCUUGAAACUUUGGUUGAACAUUGCGCCGACAGAGUGCCGACUUCUGCUGGAGUGAGUGCUGGCCCUGCCGCUAUACGGACCCUUGUCCUUUCGCUGGACUCUGUCGUACCACAUGUGCCUCCCAACAUCCCUCCGGUUUCUCCCACGCCGCUUCAGCUCGGGAGUUUGCUUCGCCAGCUCCCUGCGUCUCCCCAGCCCCUAUUGUUAGGUGGUACACCAAUGGGCUUUACAUGCGAGCAGGUUUCUCUGUUCCUUCAGCCUGCUGUCUGUUUUGGCACUCUGAGCGAACUGCUUGAGGCUCUCCCGCCCCGGCGAGCCCACGCGCUACGCGCAUCGAUGCCUGCCCCUGGCACAGAACGGGGCCUGCUCUGUUAUGUCGAUGGCUCCUACACGCCAGCCACGCACUUGGAAGGCGCUCUGCUUGGAUGGGCUUGUGUCUUUAUUGAUGUGAGCCUUUUGUGCAUCAGCAUUGUGUCUGGGCCUGCUCCACCCUGGUUUCCCGAUCUCGGUGCUGCGCCCUCUGCGUUUGUGGCCGAAUGCAUGGCACUUACAGCGGCCACUUGGGUAGGAUGCACGGCAUUCCAUGGACAACCGCUCCAUUUUCUUUCUGACUGCCAAUCCGCCAUUCGGGUUGCUGCAGGUGAGGCUUCUUCCUAUGCUAGUGAUGUAGCCCUCGUCCUGCGCCGGACGGCAGCCUGUUUUGAAGUCCUCCAGGGACAUCCCCUUGUCUUCGACUAUGUGCCAGGUCACCAGGGCCUCUUCGGCAAUGAGGUCGCUGACGCUGCAGCCAAGCUGGCCUCACGCGGCCGCCUUAUGGGCCAACUUGCCUGGGAAGAAACUGGAGGCUCGCAUCCUCUCGACUGGUGGUCCGCGGGGGCUCCGCGUGUCGAAUGGUGCGGCGUUGCGGCGAGAGCCCUCCUUGGGGACCCAGCUAUGCCCCCCCUCGGCAGUGCUUCUGGAGACGACAGAAAUGAUCUGGGCAUGACGCCUCAGCAAAUGCUCGCUCCCUUCUGCCCGCGUAAGCCCAUUUCUGCAGGUGGUACCGGUAGCGGCGCGCUUGCCUUUUGCAUUGCCACCUAUAAUGUGCUUUCCCUUAGUGGACGAGCCUUCGAGGAUCGGGAUCCGGCCGGACUUGCUUUUGCCGCAGGGCGCCCUGCCUUGCUGGCUACCAGCCUUGAUAAGGCUGGAAUCCAGGUUGCUGCUAUCCAGGAGGCACGCACAGAGGCCGGUUUUCUGCGCACAUCGGGAUACCUACGUUUCUCUUCCGGUGGAGAAGUCGGCUGUUUCGGCGUCGAGCUCUGGUUCAAGGAGGGAUACCCCCUGCUGCGCGGCGGUGAUGCUGGCCACCAUGCUGCCACGUUUUGCCGGGAAGCAUUCUCUACAGCUCAUAGCGAUAGCCGCCGCCUCAUCCUGCACUUCCACAGUGGACCACUCCGACUCUGCUUUGUGUCUUUACACGCCCCCCACAGGGGCACAGAGGCUGAUAAGCUACAUGAAUGGUGGGAGCGGACGAUCGCUCUGCUGAAACACGCAGCUGCUCGCGCCCCUCUAGUCCUGGGCGGCGAUUUCAAUGCGGCUGUGGGCUCCCAGUGUUGCGGCAGGAUCGGGGAUUGCUGGCCUGAGGAACAAGAUGUGGCAGGCGCUUUCCUCGUUGAGCUUGUCACCACUUGCCGAUGCUGGCUGCCCUCAACUUGGUGCCAUUUCCACUCAGGCCAGUCAUGGACCUAUGUGCAAAAACGAAACAAUGCACUACAGCGCCCUGACUUUGUCUGCCUACCUGACUGCUGGGAGAAUGCGUGUGUGUCAUCAUGGGUCGAUCCAGAGAUCCAUGUUGGACAGCCUUAUAUCGACCACUUCGCGGCAGUAGUCCGUGUGUCUGCUAGGCUCCGACUUGCUGGCAGCUGCCUGGGAGCCAAGAAGCCAGCCCGAAUCGAUGCCCAUGCUCUGGAUGAUCGCAACAACCGCCCGAAGCUGCAGGAUAUCGUUGACAAGGCCCCGCGUGCCCCAUGGAAUGCGUCUGCUGAUGCCCACGCGGCCCAGCUUGUUGGAUACCUCCAGGAGGCUCUUGCCAAGGCCUUUCCUAAACCCAAGCAGCGAAAGCGCAGAGAUUACCUCACCGAUGACACAUGGGCACUCUAUGCGCAGGUUGCUACUCUGCGCCAUCGCUGUGCCAGGCUUCGGGCCCACACGAAGUACCAUCUCCUUGCUGCGGCUUUUCGCGCCUGGUCGACCCGUGGCGCUACGGAUUUCGAAAGUGCCCUCGCCUCACCCUGGGCCCUCGAAGCCUCAAUACAGGGUCAGAGGCACAGAGCUGCCCUCCGGGACCUGUCCAAGCAGCUUAAACAUGCCUGCCGGAUCGAUAGGGCGCGACACCUGUCAAGCCUUGCCGAUGAGGUGCAGGCCAACACCCCAGGAUCCUUCCAGGCUUUGAACCGGCUUUUAAGUCUUAAGCAAAAGAAACCCUUUGCACCUGAAGUGCUGCCGGAAGUCCUCGAUGCGGAUGGCCGGGUUUGCGAAACCCCAGCUGAGGCUAUGCAGCGGUGGCGAGCUUACUUCGGGGACAUGGAGUCCGGCGUGCAGAAGGAUGCCGAAGGUGUCCACCAGGCUGUGGCUGCUCGCCACGGUCUCGCCUGGCCUUUGCCCGACGACAUCACUGAGGUACCGGGGCCUGCCGAGCUGUGUAAGGCCAUGGCGCACACACAACUCAACAAAGCCAGCGGCCCCGACGGCCUCCCAGGCGAAGCCUUCAAAGCCCUGCCUUCGGCCCUUUCCUCUUUGAUCCUGCCCCUAGUCCUGAAGUUAGGCCUUUUGGGCGAAGAGGGUGCUGGCUUGAAAGGGUCUCUUCUAACCUGGCUCUACAAGUUCAAAGGCGCGCGAAACCUUUGCACUUCUUACAGGGCGAUUAUGCUUUUGCCGACUUUGACUAAAGUCAUCCACCGCUCUUUCCGCCCUCGCCUGUACGAGCACGUUGUGACACAUGCCCCCCCCUUGUUGCUGGGUGGGCGCAAAGGGGCAUCGGCGGUUUUCGGAAGCCACCUGACCAGGGCUUUUGCGCAGUGGUGCUCGGUGCACAAACUGCCAGCAUGCAUCCUCUACGCAGACGUCGCUUCUGCUUAUUAUAAUUCCGUGCGUGAUAUCACAGCCCAGCGCCUGGAUGCGGAUGGACGCCCUGUCGAUUCUCUUGCCAUGGCAAAUCUUCCUGCUGACGCCAUUGUGACGGACACAUUGGCCUCAGGCAGCGCCUUUCGCUCCAAAGGGGCGUCUCCCUGGCUCGAAUCACUGGCCGCCGAAAUGCACCGGGGGUCUUGGUUUGCGUUGCGUGGCGACCACAUCCCUGUGGUCACCCACCGUGGAUCGAGGCCUGGAUCAUCACUCGCUGACAUUAUGUACAGCGCCGGAGUCGGCUGCAUCCUUGCGAAGCGAGACUCCCUUCGCAUUGCCGAUCCCACUGCAGGCCAAGUUCCCUGCAUCCCGUGGGAUGGCCGACGGGACAUCUCUCCCGCUGAUGCUCCUACGCAAUGGCCAAGUCUGAGUGACGUCAUUUGGGCUGAUGACCUGGCCGCAUGCUUCUUGUUGUCUGACUCGGCUCGUGCUGCACACCAGGUCGGUCUAGAGGCUUCUUUCCUUGACGAGGCCUUCGGUAGCCACGGGUACACUCUUACCUACGGUACCUCCAAGACCGCUGCUAUGGUCCUGCUUGGCGGCCACGGGUCCAAGGCUGCCAAGCGGGCCCUUUUUGGGCGAGCCGGUGUGAUCACGGUUAUGAGAGAGCACCACCCUGCGGCCUCACUGCCUUUGGUGGCCCAAUAUAAGCACCUUGGUGCUAUGGUCGGUACGUCUUUCCUCACUGAGCUUCGUGCCAGGUGUGCCUCUGCGUGGGCUGCUUUCCGUCAAGGUCGGGCGCGGGCUUACCGGUGUCGCCGUAUCUCCGUGGCCCGAAGGGGAGCACUCCUCCGUGCCAUGGUGCUCCCGAGACUCCUUUUUGGGGCUGGAGCAUGGCCAUCCCUGCGGCAAGGAGAGCGCACCCUUUUCCACAGAACUCUCGUGUCCAUGUACCGGCAGACCCUGUGUAUCCCUCGGACUGAAGACCAACACAUCACGGGGGCCACCAUGUGCGCGCUUCUGCACCUGCCCGACCCUGCUACAGUGCUCCGCGUUGAACGCCUGCGAUAUCUACGCCAAAUGGUUCAAGCUGCGCCUGAUGCCCUGUGGGCCCUCGUAAGAUCCAGCCCUUCUUUUCUUGCCGAAAUCAGGGAUGCCAUGGAGUGGUUGCACCGUCGGUUGUCAGCUACCAUCCCCCUUGGUGAACCUGCUUGUGAUUGGCAUGCCUGGACGGGCAUUAUGUGCCGCACUCCCGGGCGUUUCCGUGGCUGGAUCAAGCGCGCCGCGGCACUUGAGUUGCUUCGGCUCACAUCUCAUGCUGCCUUACAGGCUUGCCACCGCUUCCUUUCUCACUUCUGCCUUGGGGAAGGUGAUGCCCUAUGCUUGGAACGACAGCGUCCUACCGAAGCUUGCCUAUUGUGCCGCAAGGCCUUCGCUGAUCGUGUGUCCUGGGCAUGUCAUGCCAGCAAGGUUCACGGGUAUCGUACCCGUGCCACCGAGACGACACGGGGGUGUCAGCAGGCUUGGUGCAGCGGAUGCGGCAAGCUCUUUGCCAACGCUAUAACCGGAUGA